CUGGACGCAUAUGCAUCGGUCGCAAAAGGCAGCCCAAUCGCCACUCCAAGCUUAGCAGAGACCCGCACACGUCCCCUCGCUCCGGAACAGCUGUUUGGCUUACUCUGCCAAGCAUCAAUAGCCGGGGCAGCGUCGAUCAACCAACAAUGGGCAACUCCUGCUCGAACCAAGGGCAGCAAAAACCGGCCGGGUGGCUCAAAUGGAAGGAACCUAGUUGCGGGGCCAUCUGUCGAGGGGAGGAGAAUUGCUGCUUCACCGAUCACGGGCGGUUUCCGGAUACCUACCCGCCGUUCCUCGCCGCCCGCGGCAUCGAUGAGGCUGCGUUCGCCGCCGACAUCGAGGCUGUGAACGAGCACGUGCGGGCCGCGACCCGGGUCUUGUUUCGCAUGAAGGACUGGCGUAUACUCAUACUGCUUAUAUUGGUCUUAACCGCCAUCGCCGGCAGCCUGCACGCGAAGCUCGAAGGUCAAAAUGGUCUUACUUUUGCGGUUCUCGCGGCAUCCUUCCUCUACUACUGGCCCGUGAGUUACCUGUAUCAAAAAAGGUGGGACAUCGCGGUGGAGGAGGAGGUGGGGCGCCUCCUGCCAAAGUACGGCAAGGUCGGCGUCGCGGUGUCGCGCGAGGAGGAGUAUCAUCAUAGCUCGGGCGACGGCGGCGGCUGGUAUGAAUACUAUCUGCUCUUCAAGGUGGUACAAGCCGACGAGGCUCCUCCGGUCGAGGUCGUCGUCGCGGGCGAGCCUCCGGCCGAGGUCGUCGUGGCGGGCGAGUACGUGGCCCCCUGAAUUCUACUCCUGUUUCCAAUUCCAG